AUGAUUAAUGUUCAAAAUACCGCACAUUUUAUUUCUCAAUUAUCAAGUAAAUAUAGUAAUAUUCCUGACAUUACCCAACCAGACGUUUAUGAAUCUCCAGAUACACCUGAAGAAAGUGAUGCUGUAGACAAUGGGUCAAUUUCUAUAACAAAUACCAAUUUAAUUGCUGCCACUGAUAAACUUGAUCAAAAUAUGCAAAUAUUGGUACAACCACACCAUUCAGGAUCUAUUUCCAGGAAAGCUAAUGCUUUGGUUGGUGAAUUGGAUAAAGUUAAUGAAUUGAAGAAUAAAAAACUUUUAAAUAAGCAGCAAGAAACUGAAAUAGACAAACAACAAAGAAUUAGCUGA